CAAACGAACCUCUCGACGCCGCGCUCCGCGGCUGCCGGCUGGGGCCGGGCGAGGGAGGGGGCUAAACCCGAACAGCCCGACUCUGCAGUUGUCUCCUGAGCGCGGGCUGCGCCGCCCGAGCCGCUAGGCUGGGGAAGCACUAGCCGUUCACUCACGGGCCGGCUCCUCCAGGCGCUCGCAGGCAUGCAGCCCGGGAGCAGGCGGCGCGCCCCGGGCCGCUGCUGAGCCGGCCCGGGCGGCGGGGACCAUCGCCUGCCGAACCCCUCCCACUUUGCCCCGGGGCCGACGAGCGGCGCCCCGGCACCCCCUCUUCGCCCGCAGCCCCGCCAGCGCCACCCCCCGCGGGCUGCAGGGGCUCAUGCAGCCGCCAAGGGAGAGGCUAGUGGUAACAGGCCGAGCUGGAUGGAUGGGUAUGGGGAGAGGGGCAGGACCUUCAGCCCUGGGAUUCUGGCCGACCUUCGCCUUCCUUCUCUGCAGCUUCCCCGCAGCCACCUCCUCGUGCAAGAUCCUCAAGUGCAACUCUGAGUUCUGGAGCGCCACAGCGGGCAGCCACGCGCCGGCCCCGGACGACGCCCCCGAGUUCUGCGCGGCGCUGCGCACCUACGCCCUGUGCACGCGGCGCACGGCCCGCACCUGCCGAGGGGACCUGGCCUACCACUCUGCCGUCCAUGGCAUCGAGGACCUCAUGAGCCAGCACAACUGCUCCAAGGAUGGCCCCACGUCGCAGCCACACCUGCGCACGCUGCCGCCGCCGCCGGGGGACAGCCAGGAGCGCUCGGACAGCCCCGAGAUCUGCCACUACGAGAAGAGCUUCCACAAUCGCGCGGCCGCCCCCAACUACACGCACUGCGGCCUCUUCGGGGACCCGCACCUCCGGACUUUCACAGACCGUUUCCAGACCUGCAAGGUGCAGGGUGCCUGGCCGCUCAUCGACAAUAAUUACCUAAACGUGCAGGUCACCAACACACCGGUGCUGCCCGGCUCAGCCGCCACCGCCACCAGCAAGCUCACCAUCAUCUUCAAGAACUUCCAGGAGUGCGUGGACCAGAAGGUGUACCAGGCCGAGAUGGACGAGCUCCCUGCCGCCUUCGCCGACGGCUCUAAGAACGGUGGCGACAAGCACGGGGCCAACAGCCUGAAGAUCACCGAGAAGGUGUCGGGCCAGCACGUGGAGAUCCAGGCCAAGUACAUCGGCACCACCAUCGUGGUCCGCCAGGUGGGCGGCUACCUGACUUUCGCGGUCCGCAUGCCCGAGGAGGUAGUCAACGCCGUGGAAGACCGGGACAGCCAGGGCCUCUACCUCUGCCUGAGGGGCUGCCCCCUCAACCAGCAGAUCGACUUCCAGGCCUUCCGAGCCGGCGCUGAGCGCCCCGGCGCCCACAGGCUACCAGCCGCCAGCCCCGCCCCCUCAGCCCCCGACACCUUCCCGUACGAGACGGCCGUGGCCAAGUGCAAGGAGAAGCUGCCCGUGGAGGACCUCUACUACCAGGCCUGCGUCUUCGACCUGCUCACCACAGGGGACGUGAACUUCACGCUGGCCGCCUACUAUGCCCUGGAGGACGUCAAGAUGCUCCACUCCAACAAGGACAAGCUGCACCUGUACGAGAGGACUCGGGAGCCCCCGGGCAGGGCGGCUGCCGCAGGGCUGCCCCUGGCCCCCUGGCCCCUCCUCGGCAGCCUUCUACUCUCGCCCCUGUUCCCUGUGCUGCUGGAGGCCGCCUAGGGCCGAGAGCGAGGCGUCCCCAAACUGGUCGGCGGCUGCACGAGGGCCAGUGGUGGCCUCCCGGUGGCCCCCGCAGUCCCUGCAGGGCUCAGGAGCCCCGGCGGCCGCGUACCUCCGAGCUGCCUUGGGCUGCCUGCUGGCAAGGGCUGGGGGCGUGGGACGUCCCCUCCCCUCCCCCGGGGCCCGGGACAAGGUUGUGGUGACCGGUGCUGUGACGUUUGUGACAUAGAGCUGUGCAGAGGGACAGCUGCCCCUCUCCGCCCGCCCCGCUGUGUGAAUGUGCAAAUCAGAGCCCCUCAGGCCUAAGCCCUCACCCCAACAGAGACACUGGGCGUGGUGGGCAGAGUCGACCUGCCCUCACCCCUGCAAUGCACUGAAACAGGCCCGGCCGACUGCUGCACGUGCAUCCCGGGCCACCUGCGCCCACCCCACGCACACACACUCGUACACACUCGCACACACAAGGCUGGGGGAUGGGGGGAGCGCGGAGGCAGCCUCGAGGCUAGACCCCUGGGCAGGGCAUCCUUUCCUCUUGGGCUUUAGGACACCCUCAGGGUGCUGCUUGGCAUCUUUAGAAAACUAAUGUAACCCUUUGGCCAAAAAGUUGUG